AUGGGAAAGUCACACAGCAAGCUAUCGUCGGAGCAGCUCACCGAGCUGCAGAGCACAACCAGCUUUGAGCGCAAGGAAAUCCAGCAGUGGUACAAGGGAUUCCUGAAGGACUGCCCGUCAGGCGAAAUCAACCGAGCGGACUUUAAGGGUAUCUACAAGCAGUUCUUCCCGUUCGGCGACCCGUCGCGGUUUGCAGACUACAUCUUUGAUGUGUUUGAUCGAAACCGCAACGGGACCAUCGAUUUCAAAGAGUUCCUGCAGGCGCUAUCGAUCACAUCGCGUGGGACGUCGGACGAAAAGCUCAAAUGGGCGUUCGAGCUGUAUGAUAUUGACAGCGACGGGUACAUCACCAAGGACGAGAUGCUGAAGAUUGUCGAUGCGAUAUACAGGAUGGUCGGCAGCAUGGUGCAGCUGCCCGAGGACGAGGACACGCCGGAGAAGCGUGUCGACAAGAUCUUUGGGCUGAUGGACUCGAACCAGGAUGGCAAGAUUGACAUGCGGGAGUUCAAGGAGGGGUCGCACCAGGACCCACUGAUCAUGCAGGCGCUGAAUUUGUAUGAUGGGCUUGUGUGA